AUGGACACGCCCAACCACGACGAGAUUGUGUCCGACUCGCUGGACGACGACGUCAAGGACCUUCUCAAGAAGUUCGAGGCCGAGUACGAGGCUCUUCGCCGGCGAAAGAACCGCGACAAGGCCGCCAAAACCCCCGCUACCCCUGGGACGCUCCCGCCUCCACCCCACCCAUUUGCCGCCAAUGCCCCCCAAUCGCCACCGCUGCUGUUUCUUAACAAACUUUAUCAAGCAGCACGUACGGAUCUGACCCCGUCAAUCGAUUACGGCGCUCGGGUGUUUGCCUGGGACACUACCAACACCGCCAAGAUUGAUGACGGGAACCCGCUGACGUGCCUGCUUUCGAAGACGAAGUUGCGACGGAGAUUCUACGCGGAAAAGGACCUUGAACAGUUGAUAACGGAGCCGCAAAUCAAGCUUUUAUCGGUGAAUAAGCUCUUUGCCAAGUGCAAUCCAGGAAACCGGUUUACUGAGCCUCAGUAUACCAAUUGGGCUCUCACGGGGAUUAUCACCUAUAAAUUGCCUGCUCCUCGAUUUACUACGGCCAACGUGAAAUAUUUCAAAGCGAAAGUGGGCGAUUACAAUAACCAGGUGGAGGUGAUGUUUUUCGGGGCUGCCUGCGAUAAGUACUGGCGGCUCCACCCUGGCGACGCCGUUUGGGUUCUUAACCCCUCAGUAAAUCGUUAUACGCUUAACGGCAAGCUGGGAUUUACUCUCCACGUCGACGAACUGCCCCAGGAACUGGUGCUUGUCGUUGGCGCUGCUGCCGACUUUGGCCGGUGUAAAGGGUUCAACCAGACGUCGCAGCAGCCGUGUACUGAAGCGGUGGACUUGCUGAAACUGGAGAUGUGUGCUUACCAUUUAGAUCAACGCCUCCGCCACUCUCAGAGCCAGCGACUGGAGCUUAGGGGGUCGGUGAUGCUCCGAGACCCUCAGUUUGCCGCCAGACGAGGCAAUAAUGACUAUAACGAACGCACUACCGUAUACCAGGGAGUAAGCCGUGAUCGUGAUAAGUACGAUAUGCCUAAGGACGUUGACCGGGAGAUGGCACGACGACGCAAAGCCCGCGACGAUAAGGCUAACCGCGAACUUGAGGAGCGGCUCCGUCAUGCUAGCGUUGCCAACCCGGCUCGCCGUACUCUUUCAUUGGUGAGAACACCGCCUAGACCUCUGCGAAGACUGCAACCGACGACCCCGCCGCUGCGAGGGCUGCCGACGAAAGGGUUUCUGGCGAAUAUGGUGAAGCAAAUUGGGUACAACCCAGUGGUGGAGCGUCAUCCGCACGAUGAGGUAUACACUAGUCCCAAGCGGAAGCGGACAAUGGACAUCCAGCAGCUCUACGAGCUCCUGCUGGCGAAGCUGACCGAGAAACAGUUGGACCUGCUGCCUCAGGAUAAGAAAUAUAAACGGCAAAAGUGGCUGGCAAACGUGUCGCAGCUCCGUCGGUACCAGAGCCGGCUCCAGUCGUCGGCCGAUAACCUCAACCGGGUGAUUGCUGAGAGCGGUCCUACAAAUAGCCAACGCGCUCACCUUAUGAGUCUUACCGGCAGCGGCAGUCCUGGCGGCGAUCUGAGUGACGACAGUGACGUAUCGAUUGAGUUCAAUUCUGAAGAUGCGAAGAAGGAUUUUCAACAACGUAUUGGCGCCCUCCGGAAACAAAAAUGA